GGGUCGAGAGAGAGACGCUGAGGGACUAACUACCCCGCCAUCGGCCUUCCCAACAAGUUCCUUUUGCGCUGAACCAAGCUUGGAAUCUUUUUUUUCUUUUGGCUGAAAAGAUCCCGAUCAUCUGAGGUUUUAUCCCGCAUCUUCCAGGUUGUCAAUUUAAAUCCUACAAUUCCUCAAGAAGUCGUGGUGUCACUGAGCCGCCCUCCAGUUAAACCCGAACCCUACACCUACGAAGAACCCACCUAGCUACAAAGCUUCCAAAAAGUAAACAUGGCUCCCGAUCACAAGGCUUGCCUGAUCGUGAUUGACGGCUGGGGUAUCCCCUCGGAGGAGUCUCCCAAGAAUGGCGAUGCUAUUGCUGCCGCCGAAACCCCCGUCAUGGACGAGUUCUCCAGGAGCACCACCGGAUUCACCGAGCUCGAUGCCUCCUCCCUCGCUGUCGGCCUCCCUGAGGGGCUGAUGGGUAACUCCGAAGUUGGCCAUCUCAACAUUGGCGCCGGCCGUGUCGUCUGGCAGGAUGUCGUCCGCAUCGACCAAACGAUCAAGCAGGGCAAACUCGCCGAGAACGAUGUGAUCAAGAAGGUUAUGGAGGCGGCCAAGAACAGCAAUGGCCGUCUUCACUUGUGCGGUUUGGUCUCGCAUGGUGGUGUGCACGCCAAGCAAACCCAUCUUUAUGCUCUCCUCGAGGCUGCCAAGCAGUAUGGCAUCCCCAAGGUCUACAUCCACUUCUUCGGUGAUGGCCGUGACACCGACCCCAAGUCCGGUGCCGGUUACCUGGAGGAACUGCUCGCCAAGAUCAAGGAGCUUGGUAUUGGUGAGAUUGCCACCAUUGUCGGCAGAUACUAUGCCAUGGACCGUGACAAGAGAUGGGAACGUGUCGAGAUCGCUCUCAAGGGCCUUGUCCUCGGCGAAGGCGAGGAGAGCACCGACCCGGUCAAGACCAUCAAGGAGCGUUAUGACAAGGGCGAGAACGACGAGUUUCUCAAGCCCAUCAUUGUUGGUGGCCAGGAGUCUCGCAUCGAGGAUGGUGAUAACGUCUUCUUCUUCAACUACCGUUCCGAUCGUGUCCGCCAAAUCACGCAGGUUUUGGGCGACGUCGACCGGUCAGUCCUCCCGGAUUUCCCCUACCCCAAGAUCAACUUGGUCACCAUGACCCAGUACAAGGUCGACUACCCCUUCGAGGUUGCUUUCAAGCCCCAGCACAUGGGCAAUGUGCUUGCUGAGUGGUUGGGCAAGCAGGGCGUCAAGCAGGUUCACGUUGCCGAGACGGAGAAGUAUGCCCACGUCACCUUCUUUUUCAACGGUGGUGUUGAGAAGGUGUUCCCUCUCGAGGUCCGUGACGAGAGCCAGGAUCUUGUGCCCUCCAACAAGAGCGUCGCCACUUACGACAAGGCUCCCGAGAUGAGCGCCGACGGUGUCGCCGAGCAGGUUGUCAAGCGUCUUGGUGAGGGCGAGUUCCCCUUCGUCAUGAACAACUUUGCUCCUCCCGACAUGGUUGGUCACACUGGUGUGUACGAGGCUGCCAUCGUCGGCUGCGCGGCCACGGACAAGGCCAUUGGCAAGAUCUAUGAGGGAUGCAAGAAGAACGGCUACAUUCUCUUCAUCACGUCCGACCACGGCAACGCCGAGGAGAUGAAGUUCCCCGACGGCAAGCCCAAGACGUCUCACACCACCAACAAGGUGCCCUUCAUCAUGGCCAACGCCCCCGAGGGCUGGAGUCUGAAGAAGGAGGAGGGUGUCCUCGGCGAUGUUGCCCCUACUGUGCUUGCCGCCAUGGGCCUGCCAAUUCCCGAGGAGAUGACUGGCCGCAGCUUGUUGGUCAGGAAUUGAGUGGGCGUAAGCAUAGGUGUUUGGGUUUCGGUAAGCAUGGAAAAGGGGAGCAAGCAAUAGCGAUAGACACGAUAGAAUUACAGGAACGACCGUUAUGAGCACUUGGGCUUUUCGCAUGCAUUGUGUGCCAUGUUCUCGGACGCGUCGUUCAUUGUUAUGCAGCCUACCAUUCUCGCCCGAUUCAUCCGUUCGAGCUGCAGCAGGAGAUUAGUUGCCACGCCCCUGUCUUCCACAGACUCGACACAAGGUAUCCAACAGUCCAACAUUGAUGCUUCACGUCAAAACCAUCUGGGAGGGUCGUUGUCCUCAUUAUUCGAGCACAUCACAGAUACAAUCUAUUGUAUUUUCUCUCUUGCUUCCCCAGAAACAUGUUCUCGACGAUCCCGUCUCACCUUCCCCAGCCGCCACCGCCAUCACACAUCCGGCCAAAAAAAAAAAACCUGGGGAACAUAUGGUUCAAAAGCGGGGAACCCAGCUUGUGUAACACGAGAUGCAUACGCUGGAUGCCGUCCUUUCCUUUCCUUUCCUUUCCUUUCCUUUUCAGCGCUCUCUCGACCAGAUGUAUUGAUCUGUAUAUCUUUUGCUGGAAGAAUACUUUUCUCGGUGAGAGAGAUGAAGCAAGGGAGACGAAUGAGAUGCAAGAUGAUGAUGCAGUGUUCUGGCCGAAAGGGAAAGAAGGCAGGUGCAUGUUACAUAGACGUGGCCAUACAACAACGAUGGACUUCCCGUCCGCUUCCUCCUUCUUUCUGUGGUGGCAGCAAGCAAGCAAGCACGGCCGUGUCCCCUUUCCCCUCAUGAGUGUCCCAUCCCAUGCCACCAAUGAACGUCGAGGCAACUGACCCCUUCCCUUUUUCCCAUUUCCCUUCUCUUCUCCUCACUCGUCUGUCCCCUUUUCUCUUCCUCUUUCUCUCAUUUCUGCCAAAAGGAAAGCGUCACGAUAUCAUCAACAUCAACCAUCACCACUUACACGGCAUAUAUGUAAAAGAUGGGUCCCGCUAUCAGCUAGCACUGCAACAGCACCGAGCACGCUAAGCACACAGCACACAAGGAGCGGCCCCAUUAUCUGGUGGAGACAUUCCGGCUUGUUGUUGACAGUGGAGUCCAUCUACUCUUCCUCCCCCGGCCGUCCCCGUGCCUUGCUUUCCAAAAACAAAGAUCUAACGCUAGAAACUAGGUGCCUCCCUCCGUAUGUCCGGCCGCAAGCUCCGUACCCCGUAGCCCGUUCGUUGCCCGUGCCCGUCGUCGCCGAGACGGUUCGUGAUGAUGGUGCUCCCGGUGCUCACCUACCCCCAGUGUAUGCAUCAGGGUACCGGGACUCCCCAUCGGUCACACUCUUCUCAUUCACCUCGAGUGAGGGCUGGCGAGGGAGAGCACUGCCCAAUGGCCAGGUCAAUUGAUAUGUUUUCUACGUGGCCCCCCCGUUUCAUGUUCCCUUUGGUGUGCUGGAAUUGUGAGUGCACAAUGCAUGUUGUUCGUGUUGGGCAAUUGAACAUACCCCGCCUUCAGCCCCUGUUUACCCGCUGGCCAAGACACGAGGGAUUAUCAAUAUCAUAUCAUCUCAUCAAGUGCUGAGAGAUAUCAAAACUGAUGGCAUUCGCAAACACAGCACAGACAGAGCCACGAGUCACUCUCAACAAGUCUGACAAGUGUAUUCUCUCGCUGGAAAAGAAGUGGUGAUGCUGAAACGGCAGAGACAAAAUGAAAUAUUUUUGUGGUGUCCCCAGAGAACUGGGAGAAUCGCGGUUGAGUAUUUUACAGGUGCCGGCAAAAGCCGACAUCGACGGUCAGAUCGUCCUCGAAAGUCUUCCCCGAUCUAGGUCUAAUAUGGGCCCCGUCUAUGGUGCGAUUCUAUGCCAUUAUUCCAUGCACACCCCGCCCAUGUCUAAUAGCGAAUGCGAUUUGGAGAUGUCGCAAAACACUAUUACCCUCUCUCGUACACGCCGCUUCCCCCCACUCUCGCUCC